AUGAAGGUUGCAUUGGUUUGUUUGAUAAUUCUGUAUGUAUUGAAAGAGGUAAGGUUUGGUAAGAUAUGAACGUCAUCUUGUUAGCUACGAUAUAAUUAUAGGAAGAUAUUUGAUCAGUCAUGGAGUGGGAAUUAAUUGCUCCGUUCUGGUUCAGAUUGCAUUAUUUUACUCCCCGUCAUUAGGAUUUUGUCAGUGAGGGUAUUGAUUUUUCCAAAUAAGCGUAUAAUUAUGUUUCCUGGUGACAAAACAGUACUGGGAUCGAAACAAACUGAUUAUAUAUGACGUAGCAAUAUAAAGCUUAUUUGGGAGUCUUCAAAGACUUCAGAGCUACGAAUAAGGGAGUAAUUACAGAAUACCCUGCCACUUCGAAGCUGUAUCCCUGAAGAAAGAUGGAUGUGUGGAUACGCAGUUAUCCCUUUUAUGCGCUUUUCUACCUCCAGUGGCUUUAAAAACGACAAAUAGUCAUACUGUAUGAUUUUUAUGCUGCCUUAAGUGUAUAUCAAAGUGGAUACGCGGAUACGCAGUGACUACUAGAAAUAACCAAAGGUUACGGAGUGUGGGCGGCAAUGAGCGAAGGGCAAAAUGCUGUGCUUUGUGUAAGUUUCACGUGACAGUUGGUCAAAACUGCACGCGUGAUCAAAAUACGAGUGAUAGAAGGUCCAAAUGUGCAUGAUCAAAUUGCGUUCUGUGCAUUCCAUUCAUCCUUAGUGGAAGUCCAAACGAAAGCUGGGCUUCAUCCCGGGGGGGGUGGGUCACUUGGGUUUUUUUUGGGUGGGUAUGUGCCGCCCAGGACUCCAAAUUGGCACCCCAUUCUAAAAAAAAAAAUGCCAAUUCAAGAAUUCGCCCUAAAACUGAUACCCCGUUCUAGAAAUGGGCCAAUUUUUUAUACUCCAUUCUAAGGUGCAUAGAGUACAACAAUUUGCUUGUUAACGCAUUGAACCGUAUUUUUAAAAGCAAUCUGUCCUUGAAUAAUUUCAAAUGGCUGCUCACAAAACUGGAGCUUUCGUGCGUUCGAAAUAUCAUACCCCGUUCUAGGAAACGCCUCUGAAAUGGAUACCUCGUUCUAAAUCAGGAGCUUCAAAAUCAAGACCCCAUUGGGCGGCACAUACCUGUAUAGGUAAUGUAUGGGAGUACCCCCCCCCCCGGGGGGGGCUUCAUACAUGCAACGCAUUCGUAAUAACAACCUGGAGAUUAGGAUUGUGGGCUCCUCUUGUCGCCCGCAAUUAUUUCUUUAAGAUAUUUACUAAGUGGAUACGCGGAUACGUAGUGACAAAGUGGAUACAUGGAUACUUAGUGACUGAGUAUCUGCGUAUCCACCUAUUUUGGGGGGUUGCUUUAAACUGGCAGGGUAUUCUGCAGUUAAGCCACGAAUAAUUUUGCAGAAUGCCUAAGUAGCCGGUGAAGGUUGAACGACUGUGAAGUAUAGUGAUUAAGGUUAGGAAACUGAGUGAAUCAGGUUCCAUUUAGGGUCAUUAUGCUGGGAAAAACUGACCUGAAACUUGAUUCACUGAGUUUCCUUACCCUAACUGAGCCUGGUGGAUAAUUGUUUGGUGAGUAUAAUUACUCAGGUGAUUAUCAGAGACAAAAGGGAAACCCACAGUUCAAAUUAUUAUUUUGUUGAUUUACGCCAUAAUGUUUUAUGCACUUAACAAAGAAGCAAUGUGAUCAAAUCAAAAAGAAUUUUUUAAGAAUCUGUGCUUGUGUGAACUUCAGUUUGUAUAUGUGAAAGUGUGUAUUUAUGCUGAGUGGGUAAAUGUUGUUACUGUUUGUUUGUAACUGUGCCUGGUGAUGGACUAAAGGUAAUCAGUCAAGUCGCCGGAAAGUCAUUUCGCCCGAAGUAUUUGUCAACCGAAACCUGAGUUAAGUGACCUGAAAUAAUGCUGAGUCACGUCACCUGAAUUUUAUCAGGUGAAGUGCACAGAGAAACAAAGUUUUUUUUGUUAAAUAAAGAGUGUGUGAAAUAAUUUGUUCUUCAAAUCAUCAUGAGACGAAACAGGACGAAGAAUGUGUAACAUACCUCAUUCUUUAAGCGAUGAUGAGACCAAACAAGUGGGAUAUUAGGUGUAAUAUAUCUCGCUCUUUAAUCCUUGAUGAACAAUGAAACAAGCAUGAUAGAUGAGUAAUAUAUAUCUCGUUCUUUAGUCUUCGAUGAGACCAAACAAGCAUGAUAAAUGUGCAAUAGGGAUGCUAGGAUGUUGUUGAGCGUGAUAAAAUUUCGAGCCACAUGACUCAGUAUUUUGAGUGACUUGACUAAAAAUUUUGGGUGACAUAACUUUGGUCAAGAUGACUUUCAGGCAACUUGACUUAACAUUUUUAACUAUCUAUUUGGGCAGUUCAUUGCAUGGGCCCUUAUAUAUGGUCUCGUUGUGCUUGCCGUUUUGGGUAUAAUAUCUUUCUUUUUCUUCUAUCUCAUUUUUCAUUUCUUUUGUAAAAAGUUUUUACGUAAUUAUGUAUUUAUAAAGUUAAAAUGCAACACAAUAAAACUGUUAAAAAAUUAAAAAAAUAAAUAAUAAUAACAAUAAUUAUAAUAAAACAGACAAACUACCCUAAAAUGGACAGACUACCCUAAAAUGGACUAAGCUGCCGAAGUAUAGUGAUUAGGGUUAGGAAACUGAGUGAUGAAUCCGGUUAUAGGGGCAUUAUACUGGGAAAACUGACCUAAAACUUGAUUCACUCAGUUUUCUUAUCCUAAUAACUAAACUUCAGCGGCAUAGUCCAUUUCAGGGUAGUCCAUAUAUGGGAAGUCCACAGGGAUAGGCGAGGGACCGAGUGAACUUUUGUGCACUUUUAGUAAAUUUAUUUUUGUUGUUGGUGUUUUGCUCACUCUCAUAAGGUAAAAGACUUCAAAGCAAUCAAAACUUUCAACAGUUAGCACUCAGUCUCGUACAGAGUCAGCAGAGAUCACUAAAAUCAUCCUGCUAGGAGUGCAUUUAACAACAAAUGAUAUAUUGCAAUCCUCAAACAAUCAGAGUGUGCAAAUCUCUGUAAUCACCUGAGUAUACUUACUGAAAUACAGUGUGUAUUGAUAACUCCAUACAGAAGCUAGGCUGCUCCUCUCGUUUUCAGCAAAGCCAAAUAUAUAGUUUUUGUUUUUAAUUUUUUCAGUCCUAUGGCUACAAAUAUUGCAGUUACAGUAAAAGAACAGUGACCUACUAUUACAGGUGAAUAUGAUUUUAAAAAUUUAUGCUUACUAACACUUCUUUCUGUUACAGUUAAAACUUAUGGGUUACCGUAGGUCAGGUUAAAAUUAAAUGGUAAGGCGCACAUGAGCCAAAGGCUCGAAUGAUUGGAGCUUUGCCUAGGAGUGUUGGUACUCUUCCCUGGAUGGGAUAUUAGUCCAUCGCAAGGUUACCUCCCAGCAGUAUGCUGCUUGUACCCACCAGCUACUUUGGUUAGCCUGCCUACUGAAAAAUGGUGGCAUGAAGUAGGGGCCUAGUGUGUAUUGAAAAGUGUUUUUUUUUUUCUCUUUGCUAGUUGUUCAAGUAAUCAGUAUUGUUGUGGAGUUAGCAGCUGUUGUACCUAUGUGUAUGCACGCUGGUACCUCUGGUAAGUGACUUUAUUUACAUCUAUAGAUGUUGUUUUGUUGUAAUUUAAUGUUCUUGUUUAAAGGUACUAUAAGGCUAGUUAAAAGCUUUGGUACUUAUCACAGUAAAGGAUUAUUUCUGCAAAGAAGGUGCUUCUGGCAGCCACUAUCAGUCCAACAAUUCUGCCGCUACCUGUUCGUAAUUUUUUUUAAAGUCUUUUAACACUUCUAUGAAAGAGGCUAUAAUACAUGAGUUCUCGUCAGGUGAUGGAAAUAGUUCAAAACUGCCUCAGAAACCUUACAAAUUGGAAAAAUUGCACAGAAAAGCACAGAAAAAAGUUAAGUUUUUGUUUUAUGAAUUGGGAGAUUUGGUGAUCUGAAUGGGAGACCAAGAGAUUUUCUGAUUUCUGGCAUAUAUAUGCUCACAGUGAAGUAGUUUAUGAUAAUGUUAGUCAGUGUUGAAUUUAAUUGGAAUCGCAUCUGACAAAAUAACAUAAAAUAGAUCACCAAAUUGGUGACUAUAUUUUUACUGUAGUGAUAGCUGUGAUAAUAUUUUUCUUCUAUAAAUAUUACUCUCACCAUGGAGCAAUGUGCUCAGAUGAUCCUGUUCGGCUUGGUUUGUCAAAGGAUGUUUUAACCUGGGAUUAAUUUUUUGAAGUUGGGUUCAUGUUCUUACAGACUGUUUUGUACUGCUCAGUCACUUUGGGUUAACAUAGCUGGACCUCUAAGCUGGAGACAAACAAUACUUGAUGAACUUCAUUAAUUUACUCGCUUCUAGAUGAGAAAACUCCAUUUCAUACUGGGUUAACGUUAACUACCUUUCGAGAGCAACCAGGCCCAGAAAGUUAAUAAUUAAUUUCUGAACUCUUGCAGGUUUGUCAUCUCGGCAAUUUUUUUGUUUGUGUUUAUUCUCUGGUGGUACUAUCGCUAUCGUUAUCGUCCACGUCACAUCAUCGUUCGUCAAACCACAGGGGUAAUUACACCAGGUGCCCCUGGGGUUAUUGCUGGCGGGGGUGUGAAUGUUGUGAGGGUAAACGCCCCUUACCCCACCUAUCCGCAUCCUGGUACAGUUGCUGUUUUGCCUGGCAGCGGAAAUGUGCAUAACGCAGCGUAUCCUCCUCCUGCGUAUGGCCCUGUGCAGACUUAUCACCCUCCGCCUCCAGCUUAUUCCAGUGUUGUGAAAACCAGUGCAACUGUCACUUCAACCACAAAUUGA